GGAGGGGCUAAAGGCGGAAGCGCUGUGUGUUUCUGAAAGAGAGCGUGUGGCACUGGAUGAGAGAGCUGUCAACUCUUUGGAGUUCAUAAGUACUGAUCAAAUUUACAUGAAGCAGCUGGUUAAACACCAGCGGGCUUGUUUGUCCAGGAAUGGGAGCUAACAACAGCACGCGUCGCGUGUCUUUUGAGUCGGAUGAGAAUGAGAACAUAACGAUAGUGAAGGGCAUAAGGCUGUCAGAGAAGGUCAUCGACCGCAUGAGGGAACCCUCAGACCCACCACGGCCCCCCACCACAACCCCUUUUGCUUCUCCUCCCGUGGUUGAUCCUCUGCCAGCACUGGUGCCAGUAUCUCCUCCACCUGUCACUUCCCUUCCACCUCCUCCCUUGCCAGAGCGAGUAAAACUCCCUGAGCAAGUGACCACUCCUGCACUUCCUCCUCCACCAGCAGCAGAGCCGGUCAUUCUCCCCCCACCUCCUCCUGUAGCGACAGCACCAGCUGAAUCAGUGGGUGCUGUAUCAGCCCCUGCAGGUGAGUCCGUUGCUCCACCUGCUGCUGCAGCUGAGCUUACAACAGCAUCUCCACCCUUGGAAAUAAUUGCCUCACCUCCCUCUUCGAAACCCAGCACUUCUCCCCUCGCUGAUUCUGUUGCCUCCCCUCUUGCUUUUGAGCUUUUCACACCUCCUCCUCCCCCGGUAGAAUCCGUUUCUACCCAUCUUAUCACUAAAACCGCUUCUGAAUCCAUCUCUGCUCCACCUGUAGAAAUAACCACCCCCUCCCCUCCAGCUGAACUUGUCGCUUCUGCUGCUGAAACUAUCCCACACCCUCCUCUGUUUGUAGAAAAACCUGUGGCUUCUUCACCACCACCACCUCCUACCGGUGUUUCACACCUAUUGCACGGUGUACUUCAGUGCCUGUCAUUCAUGAGCGUUAAUGGUACUCCUCAGAUUCCUAAUAUGUUUUAUAUGUUCAAAACAAAUUGUUUCAUUUUAAAUAGAAGCCUUUUGAAUAGCGGUAAUGAUGACCAAAGAUCUGAAGUUUUCUGUAUUAUGUGCUGCUUUACAUUUAGGCUGGAAAAGGAAAAGUCCCAAGCUCAUGUUCAGGCCCAGGCAGAAGCUCAAGCCCAGGUUAAGGAUGAGGUGAGCAGGAUCCUUGCAUUAGAGAAAGAGCAGAGCAUCCAGAAAGCCAUACUGAGAGAAAGAAUCACCGCCGAGGAUGAAAGACUGCAAGCUCAGAUAUAUCAGAUGGAGAGAAAGGCUAGACAGUUGGAGGAGAGAGACAAAGAGCUCCGGAAGCAGGACGCUUUCUACAGAGAGCAAGUGGCCAAGCUGAAGGAAAGGAGUGCCCAGUUCUACAAGGUGACCAAUGAAAACUAUCACAAGGCAGCAGAAGAGGUCAACGCCAAGUUCAAGCGGUAUGAAAUUAGUCCAGUGUGCACCGACCUUCAGGGGCAAAUUCUGAAGUGCUACAGAGAAAAUGCCGGGAAAACUCUACUGUGCUCCAACAUCGCCUCUCAAUACAUGCAGUGUGUCAACAAUGCUAAACAGGACAAGUUGAGAACUGGAGGUUAAGUCUCUGAGCAGGAAGAGAGGAAGACCUGUUUGUAUCUGUGAUCUCACCGUUUAUCGACUGUUGCCAAGGAAGACGCCACCCGGAGAAACACCUGAGCAGACCUGAACCAGAAUCUGCAGUGAAUUGAGAGUUAGACAUCCUUGAACCUUCCUUUUUUACCUAUGCCCUUUCCCAUCACUUUUACCUUUCUCCCUCCUCCCUGUUAUUUCUCCUUUAUCCAGUAAAGGGAAACUAGUAUCCAUUUAUGGAAUGGACAGAAUCAGUAAGAAGUGCCGAUCGUAGGUGGAACUCAAAUGUUCUGAGCACCUGAACCAGAAAAUGUACGUUUUUUUUUUUUGGUUCAUAAAGGAUAGCACACAGUGAAGAGAACCAAGUUAGACACCAAAUAUUGGCUACUCUAGGCCAAUCUAGAACCAACCACAACAGAAUCCCGGAACUCAGAAAUCUGAGUUGGUUCUAGAUUUGAUGGGUCUGGUUAAGUAGCAUCAUUAAUCCAGCUGUCAUACCUGUGAUCCAUCCUGCUAACCCACCACAAUCCUUCAUCAUCCAGCUGUUCGUUGUGUUUUUGUGUUUGAUGUUCAUUGCUGUUUAUUUUGUCUUGUCAUUAACACAGAAAGGUCAGGUCUGAUCCCCUGAUCUGCUUUAAAGAAUAAACUAUUCAAACCCUAAA